AUGUCUCUGUACCGAAUAGGAGUCGACGUAGGCGGUACCAACACGGACGCGGCAGUUCUCGACAUCCGAGCCACCAACAACCCCGGCCGUGGCGUCCUGGCCUCCCAUAAGGCGUCCACCACAAGGGACAUCACCACCGGUAUAGAGGCGGCCAUCAGGGCUGUACUGCGCGACUCAGACGUCGACCAGAGCUGCGUCCUCAGCGUCACAAUAGGCACCACCCACUUUAUCAACGCCCUCGUAGAAGCAGAUGCCCGCAGACUAGACCGCGUGGCUGUCGUGAGGCUCUGCGGGCCCUUCACUAGACAACUGCCGCCCUUCUCAGACUUCCCUGUCGGUCUGCGCACCAUCCUCGACGGGGGUGUUUACUACCUCGACGGCGGUCUUGAGAUUGACGGCCGUGAGAUAUUGCCCCUGGACCACGAGCAGAUCAGACAGGCUGCGCGCGACAUCGUCGCUUCUGGCGUCAGCGUCAUCGCUCUCGUUGGGGUAUUCUCCCCGCUCGACCACGAUGGUCUGCACGAAGAGCAGUGCAGGAGAAUAAUUCUGCAGGAAGCGCCCGGUCUCGAAGUCGUGUGCUCUCACGACAUCGGACCUACAGGAUUUCUGGAACGGGAAAAUGCCACCAUUCUCAACGCCUCCAUCCUGCGCACUGGACACCGCGUCAAGAAGGGCUUCAAGCAUGCCAUGCACCGUCUGCAAUUGACGUGUCCGCUGUUCCUGUCGCAGAACGACGGCACGCUCAUUGAUGCUGACACCGCUGCCGAGUAUCCCAUCAAGACAUUCGCCAGCGGUCCCACCAACAGCAUGACGGGCGCUGCGUUUCUCGCCGGCCUGGAUCACAAGAAGGCAGCCGAUACAGAUGAGGAGGAACCUCAGGUGCUUGUUGUCGACAUCGGCGGCACAACCACUGAUGUCUGCGCCCUGCUUCCCUCUGGUUUCCCCCGCCAAGCUCCAGGCUUCGUCGAAGUCGGCGGAGUCCGCACCGCAUUCUCCAUGCCUGAAGUUGUAUCCAUCGGUCUCGGCGGCGGCAGCAAAGUGCAGGUCGACCCGGUUACAGAAAAGGUCACUGUCGGUCCUGGCUCAGUCGGCCACUGCAUCCAGCAAGAAGCAAAGAUCUUUGGCGGCAAGACCCUAACGGCGAGUGAUAUUGUCGUUGCGCUAGGCAAGGCUAAUCUCGGCGAUGCGUCUCUUGUGGAGGAUGUCCCUGCGUUUGUGGUGGAGAAUGGACGAAAGGAGCUCAAGAGGAUGAUCGAGAGCGUCGUAGAGCAGAUGAAGGUAUCUUCAGCGCCCGUGCACGUCUUGCUCGUCGGAGGCGGCGCCCUCCUCGUAACAGAAGAUCUCGAUGGCGUGGACAAGUGCAUAGUGCCCAUCCACCAAGGCGCCGCCAACGCCGUCGGCGCAGCGAUAGCAAAGGUGUCUGGCGAGAUUGACAUCGUCGAGAUCCCCGAAGGCCGUUCAGAAAAGACCAUUGUGGACGCGGCGUGCGCCAAGGCGAUCGAUCUGGCCAUCUCCAAGGGCGCGGCCAAGAACGACGUCAAGAUUGUCGAGAUCAACAAGAUGCCGCUGCAGUACAUGUCCAACGGCGCCAUUCGCAUCCAGGUCCGCGCUGUCGGCCAACUAGCCAUCCCCGAAGAACUGACUCCCCCGCCUUCACCACCUGUGAUAAGUGUGCAUGAGACGGAGGACGACGAGGGUGAAAAGGUCAGCGUCCCUGAUGCCCUGACACCCACCUACAAGCCGUCUCUCCACGUCGACCUGGAUGUCUACCGACCUGAUGUCCAGGACGGAACGUGGUAUCUCUCCGAGGUUGAUCUCGAGAUGAUCGCUACUGGCUGUGGUGUACUAGGAACAGGCGGUGGCGGACCGACUCACCAUGAGUACCUCAAAGGCUUAGACGCGUUGAGGAACAACGACAAGAAGAAGAUGAGGGUCAUUUCUCCCAAGUCACUCAAGGACGACGCGACGAUUUGCUUUGGCUCGUGGUAUGGUAGCCCCAGUGUUAUCAACGAGCGUAUUGCUGGAGGAAAUGAGAUUGUCACGGGGAUCAAUGCUGUUAAUAAGGUUGUUGGGAACACGACUAUUGACGGCAUGUGCAUUGAUGAAAUCGGCGGUGGCAAUGGUAUGAGUGCAUUCCCAUCGGCUGUUCACUUCGACGUUCCCGUCGUUGACGGCGAUGCCAUGGGCCGAGCCUACCCUACUAUGUAUCACGCUACAUUCAGCGUCUACGGCCAUUCUCUAACGCCCUGCGUUCUCUCCGAUGCCCGAGGAAACACCAGCGUAGUCAUGAGCACCGACAGCCCCAUCCGCCUUGAGAGUCUUCUCCGAACAACAGUCAUUGAACUCGGUCUGGGUUGUGCAGUCUGCGCUAAUCCUCUACCUGGCUCGGUCAUUAAGUCCCACGGCGUGCCUAAUACCGUGUCCCAGGCGUGGUAUCUCGGUCGCGCGGUGCAUAAUGCUCGGCGCAAGAAGACCAGCUACGUGGAUGCAAUUUUCGACGUCUGCGCUGGAAAGCUUCUCUUCACCGGCAAAAUCGUCGACGUCCGUCGCUACAUCGGAGGCGGCUACACCAUGGGUUCGGUGGUCAUUGCGCCCCUCACCGAAGACGAGCGCGAGUCUCACGGCUCCAGCAAACAAGCCGUCCCCAGCGACGCGCACAUGGUGAUCCCCUUCCAGAACGAGUACCUCUACGCGGCCCUAAGCGACGCCGACGGUUCCGAAGCCUCGCAAAAGGUAGUCUGCACAGUCCCCGACCUCAUCUCAAUCCUGGGCCAAGACGGCGAGGGUAUUGGCUCGCAGGACCUGCGCUACGGGCUACGCGUCAACGUCGUCGCGUUGCCGGCGCAUCCGCUGUGGAAGACGGACAAGGGGAUGAAGGUCGGUGGGCCGGAGGGUUUCGGGCUCAAGAUGCCGUAUACGGGAGUGGAUAAUGACUUUACCGAGGCGAGGAGUGUGAUUGAGGAGUUUGGGGCAUAG